AUGGAGGUUCUAAAGCAAAGAGUGACAGUGCUAACGAAUCAGGAAGUUCUAUCCUUCCUAAACGCUGUGAAAAAAGAAGAAGACAACAAACUCACUGGCGCUGAAACGCUUCAAGUUGUGAACAUGCGGCCAGCGAACACAACAGAUAUCCAACUAUUAGUCGAGGAAACAGAAGAGCGAUUUCCAUCAGAAGAGGAACUCGAGAAGCUUAUCACAACAAUCACUGACUGUCUGCCACCUCCACCAAAACGAUAA